AUGAGGGUAUUGGACGUACUAAUAAAAUCGGCCACACUCUUGUCGCUGGCGUCUCCGGUAUGCGGUAAGUCACCGAUUGCCUUGUGGAAAAUAUCAAGAAGCCAAAUAACGCUAGAUCGUCAUAUAGCACGGUCCGAUAAAAGUCCAUUUCGUCUGCAAAAUGCAAUUAUCAACACACCAUCAAGACCCGAUGGAGCCUUGUCGCACUUCAACAUCACCGCUAGCAUUGACGGCAAGCAUCAGAACCUGACAUUCGUGCUCGAGAGUAGUCGUGCCGGGGCUGAAUCCACCCACGUACAAUAUCUCGAUAUCGACGGAAAUACCAAGCAUGUUGAAAAAUCAAGCUAUAAUACGACAAAAGGAUCGGUCUGGAUACAAUCCGCGGGUCGACCUGCGAAGAAUGUCGGAUGGGCUAGAAUCGUUCUCAUUCGCGAUGGACGACCUCCAUUAUUCGAAGGGACCUUUACCAUUCGGUCGAAGCAGUACGAGAUAAAGAUACAGAAAUCGCACAAAGAUACUACAAAUGGGGGCUCAGACGAGAUCGUUGUUCAUCACGUUCCUUCUACCGAUGUCAUGGGCAGCUCCAGCACCGAUCAGGUGUUACUUCAGACAGGCUGUAUGACAACGCCAGAGAUCUCCCUGGACAGACGAAACCUACAGAGUCGCGAGGAGAGCUACGUGGACCAUAUUGGAAGCGCAGCAGGAUGUCCUCAGUCUCGACAAAUCGCCUACAUCGGUGUGGCGACAGACUGUUCGUACUCUGCGGCGUUCGACUCACUCGACGACGUCCACAGAAACAUAGUAAACCUGGUCAACACCGCCUCCGUCGUCUUCGAAAACAGCUUCAACAUCUCCCUCGGCCUGCGCAACCUGACCAUCAGCGACGGUCAAUGUCCAAACCGCACUUCCGAGCGUACCGCAUGGAACUCGCCGUGUUCAAGCGGUGACAUGAACUGGCGUUUGAAUCGCUUCUCAGCCUGGCGUGGCAGCAUCCAAGACACAAACGCAUACUGGACCCUGAUGACGGACUGUCACAACUCUCGUGCUGAGGUUGGCGUGUCCUGGGUGGGGGAUCUCUGCAACCCGGGGUCUGGAAACUUUUACAGCUCGCAGUCUGGUGUCGGCGCUAAUGUUGUUGGUCGAACAAGUGCCCAAUGGCAGGUAUUCACACACGAAGCGGCGCAUAUGUUCGGGGCGGUCCAUGACUGUGACUCGGACACCUGUGAGCAGAGCAGUAAUAACACGUGCUGCCCAUUCUCGGCCUCAACCUGCGACGCCAAUGCCCAGUACAUCAUGAACCCCUCGUCCAGCAAAGCCAUGUCGCGCUUCUCCCCGUGCACGAUAGGCAAUGUAUGUUCUCGUCUGGGCUCCGGAAACGUCAACACGCACUGUCUAGUUCCAGAUAGCCCCGGCAUCAACACUACUGGCGUGAACGGCGGACAGUGUGGGAACGGUAUUCUCGAGCCAGGAGAAGCCUGUGAUUGCGGACACGGCGUGUGUGAUGAGGUCAAGGCGCGAUGCUGCGACAUGAUGACAUGCCAGUGGCGAGGUGGGAAUGAAUGCGAACGAUUCAAUCCCGGAAGUGGCGAUAACAACGGCUCCUGGGCACAGAGACAUCUUGGGCUGGUUAUCGGGCUUUCUGUUGGUCUGGGAGGUGGCUUGAUAUUGUUGGCUUUGGUGAGCGUGGGUAUCUAUAGCUGGCGACGCCGGAGAGUCGGAAAACGGCUCAGUUCGCUGAGUAGUGCAGGCAGCUUUUAG